AUGCCGGGCAAGACACCCCAGCGCAACGGCAAGCCGCCGACCGACCGCGUCACCAGGAGCAGCAAGGACGUCGAGAUGACGGAUGACAAGACCGCGCCCAAGGGCAAGGCUGGGAAGAAGGGCGCCAAGGAGGGCGACGAUAUGACUGUCGUCGUCCCUCCUCCCAAGAACGCCCGUCAAGGAUCCCAGCCUGCUGGUGAUGCCGAAGGUGACGUCGUCAUGGAUGUGGACGAAGAGAGCACCGAGAUCAAGGUCGACCCUGUCACCCAGGCUAUAUCAGAUAUCAAGAGCAAUUUCGCGCUGCUAGACCGUGCCGUUACCCUCUUCGACGCCAGAUUCACCCUGCGGGCACUGAGGUCGAUCUCGUCGCUCCGGAAGCGCCUCACACCCGAGAUCCUUGCCCAGGCCAUUUCCGAGACAUUCCCCGCCACAGGCAACUCUACCACAGUCGCCAAGCAGCUUCUCGCAGGUAUCAACAAGCAGGAUACUCCUUUGGGCCGCCAGCCCGCUGGCGAGACGGAGGCCGAAGGCGAAUCAAAGACCUCGGCGAAGAAUGGCAAGAAGGAGACCAAGGAUGUGAUUCCCGAAAUCGACAUCUUCUUGGGCGUGCUCGUGCAGGUUUUCCUGUACGACUCAAAGAAGUUCCAGCAGGGGUUUGAGUUCUCGAAAUACCUUACUGAGCGCAUCCACUCGCUGAACCGCAGAACCCUGGACUCGCUGUCCGCCAAGGUCUACUUCUACUACCAGCUCUGCGCCGAGAGCCUUGCACCGUUGCCUCCUUCCCCCCAGUCGCCUAUUGUCUCGAUCCGGCCGGCGCUGCUCGCCGCACUCAGGACAGCUGUUUUGCGCAAGGACAUCGACACUCAGGCUUCUGUCAUUGUGCUGCUGCUGCGCAACUACCUCCUCACCUCGCACAUCUCGCAAGCCGACCUCCUCGUCUCGCAUACACAGUUCCCCGAGAAUGCCGCCAACAACCAAGUGGCGCGGUUUCUGUACUACCUUGGCCGGAUCCGGGCAAUCCAGCUCCGUUACACCGAGGCGCAAGAGCACCUCACUGCGGCGACGCGUAAGGCGCCCGCCAGCAACUGCGCUCUCGGCUUUGCUCACUCGGCAACCAAGCUGCUUCUGAUUGUGGAGCUGUUGAUGGGUGAUAUUCCGGAGAGAGCCCAGUUCCGUGUACCUAACAUGGAGCAGGCGCUGCACCCUUACUUCUUACUCGUCCAAGCCGUCCGUGUGGGCAAUCUUGAAGAGUUCGAAACGACCAUUUCCGAGCACGCGGACACAUUCCGCCGCGACAACACUUACUCAUUGAUUCUGCGCCUGCGCCAAAACGUGAUCAAGACUGGUAUCCGCAUGAUGAGCUUGAGCUACAGCAGAAUCUCCUUAAGAGACAUCUGUAUCAGGCUGCACCUAGGCAGCGAGGAGAGCGCCGAGUACAUUGUUGCCAAGGCCAUUCGGGAUGGGGUGAUUGAGGCGACUCUAGACCGUGAGCAUGGCUUCAUGAAGAGCAAGGAAGUAGGUGAUGUGUACGCCACACGCGAGCCUGGCGAGGCUUUCCACGACCGUAUCAGGGCUUGUCUCGCCCUCCACGACGAGAGUGUAAAGGCUAUGCGCUUCCCAAUGAACCAGCACCGUCUAGAGCUGAAGAACGCACAGGAGGCUCGGGAGCGUGAGCGGGAAAUGGCCAAGGAAAUACAGGAAGGCGACCUGGACGAAGACGACCUUGGAGGCGACUUUGACGGUAUCUAA